AGAAACGGCAAAAACAGAAUGCCGAAAAUAUAAUGACUCAAUGAUUCAAUAAUUGCGUUGCUUCCUCCCAUGAGAAAAAUUAUGUAUUUGCGCACCCAGUCUUUCCUUGUCCUGUUUUGGGGCUCUGUCUGCGGUCGAGGGCAUGUCGACAGCCGCGAGGAUCCUCGUGCCAAGAGUCCAAAGCUAAUGCGUGGCCAUCGUGAUGAAAGAGAUGCUGCGACCACCUCAGUAGGAUCUUCAAGAAGUAGCAGUAGUACUUCGAGGAAAAAGAAAGAGAAAGAUCUAGAAGAUCUUGGAGGUGACGACUCAGUUGCAGCAGUCCUAGUCGUGGAUCUUGACGAUGUUGAGCCAUCUGAUAGUGUAGCGAGCCAGAUUGUGGCUGGCGACGAUGGUGGCGAUUUUACUACCACGCGAAGUCUCCAGUAUGACAAUUAUUGGACGCCAUCGAGAGCCGC